AUGACUCCCCAUUCCCCACCCAUCUCAGAGUUCCCCAAUAAACAAAUAGUCCUCGUCCUAUGUGGUCUCAUAGGAUCAGGAAAAUCAACAUUCGCCCUCUUCCUCUCCUCCCACUUUCCAACUUUCAUCCGGUGCAACCAAGACGACCUCGGCACGCGCACCGCCGUCUACCAACUCGCAGAGUCCUCCCUCAGGCAGGGAUUGUCAGUAUGUAUCGACAGGUGCAACUUUGAUCCGGAGCAGAGGAGGGUGUGGACGGAGUUGGCAAGGAAAUGGGGAGUGAGCGUUUGGGCUUUGGGAUUAAACACCUCCCAAGAAGUAUGCGCCGACAGACUCCUCCACCGCCCCCCGCACCCCACAGUCCCACCCCAUCACGCCCUCUCCAUCCUAGCGCGCUUCGCGCACCAGUACACUCCCCCCACCUACGCAGAAGACUUUGACAGGAUCUUGUGUUUGGCGGAUGGGGCAAGAGGCUAUGCUAGGGAGGAUAUGGAGAGCCUUUUGAGACAUAUUGGGGAGCAGGUUAGGCCAUGUGCGAGGGCUCAGGUACUGCCGAAGCAGGAGCAGGGGGAGGGGGAGCAGCAGCAGGAGGAGGAAGAGGAAGCAGAGGAAAACCACCCUACCGUACCCGGCAUCCUCACCUCACUCACUCGUCCCGCACCCAGUCGUACCCCUACUCCCACCGCCCCCAUCCUCGGCCCCAUCCCCACCCGCGCUCUCCAUCCCCCAGACCUCGCACUCCUAAACACAGACCCUGGGAACCCGACCCCCUCCCAGAGAAGUCGGGGUCGACGAGUCCGGAAGGGUUUGAAUUAGGUUCGAGGGCUAGCUGGGGGAGCGGGAGUGGGGGGACUGAGGCCGAACGGGAAGGGGAGGGAGAGGAGGACGAAGAAGAAGAAAGAGACGAUGGGAGAGAUGGGGAAAGAGACGGGGAGAGAAAGGUCGUUUACCUCGAAGUGGAGUGACAGCUGACUCCUGGAAGAUGGGAAACGGGAAACAGGAGAUGGGAAAUGGGAGCAGGAAGAUGGGAGAUAAUAUACAGUACUGUACACCGGCUAUCUGUACACAAGUGUUUCCUUGUUUGUACUCUGUUGUGUUCUUUCUUUGGGGUUAUAGUUUGUUGGGUAUUCGUCAAAUAAUGUUCCGCUAACUUGGAUAGAAU